GUGUAUCUUUUUCUGAUUGAGGAGACAGAAAUGGUCAGCAUAUUUGAGUCCUUUUGUUAAGAUUUCAGUAUCUUUGGGCCAGCAGACAUUUUUUGGGGGCACUUUUUGAAGUGGGAUUAUCUGAUACAGUGUUUUGGGACAAGUUUUCUUCUUUGAAGGUCAAGAUGGGGUUGUUGAUCUGAAUCAAAAUUAGCUUUUUUUUGGAUUCAAUGUCAUAUUUUCUUGAAUUCUUGAACUGGGUCUGAGCUAUUUCAUCUGUAUAUUUAUUAUUUUUGUCUUUUUUUCCCUUUUUAAUACUUUUUCUUCAUCUGGGUGUUGGAGGAUUUUGCUCUAAAGGAAGUGUAUAUAUUUGGAAUUCCCUUUUUGGGUCUCCAUUAGGUCAUGUUUGUGCUAAUUAGGCAACUUUGGUUCAGUUGUUUAGCUGAUAAUUUAAGGGUUUGGAAAAAGAUCAGAUUUUUGGGGUUUGUGUGAGGGGGUUGAUUUGAAGUUGGUACCUUGGAGGGUGAGUGGGGGUGGGAUUUGAUGAUUUUUGAGUUUGUUUGUUAGUAUUGUUAAACUAUGGGAUUAGGUGGUGAUGGUGUAAAGGGGGAGUCUUGGGAUGUAGAGAAAUCAAAGGGAAGGAAGAAAAAAGAAGGGGAUGAGGAGGAGACUGGCUGCUGGAUGAAGUUGAGGUUUAUUAGUAGCUGUAUUUCCUCAAGAUCUAAAGUUGAUAACUCCAUCAGUGGCAUCAGCACUCGCUGUGAAAGUAAAUCGACAAAUGAUACAAGCAUAGACCAGCCUGUUGCUCCAAUUAUCUCAUCCACAACUACAAGUAAUGCUGAAAGUAAUUCUUCCACCUCCAAACUCGAAGAGGAACUAAAAGUUUUUUCGCAGCUUCGGAAGUUCACAUUCAAUGAUUUGAAGUUGGCUACAAGAAACUUUAGACCAGAAUCCCUUCUCGGUGAAGGGGGUUUUGGUUGUGUCUUUAAGGGUUGGAUUGAAGAGAAUGGAACGGCACCUGUUAAACCAGGAACAGGGCUUACUGUUGCUGUGAAAACUCUAAAUCAUGAUGGACUUCAGGGUCACAAAGAAUGGCUGGCGGAAGUAAAUUUCCUUGGCGAUCUCAUUCAUCCCAAUUUGGUUAAACUAAUUGGUUACUGUAUUGAAGAUGAUCAGAGGUUGCUGGUUUACGAAUUUAUGCCUCGAGGAAGCUUGGAAAACCAUCUGUUCAGGAGGUCCCUGCCUCUUCCGUGGUCCAUCCGCAUGAAGAUAGCAUUGGGUGCAGCAAAAGGUCUUGCUUUUCUUCACGAGGAAGCAGAAAGACCAGUGAUAUACCGUGAUUUCAAAACGUCCAACAUUCUUCUAGAUGCGGAUUACAAUGCCAAACUUUCUGAUUUUGGACUUGCCAAAGAUGCUCCAGAGGGCGACAAGACCCAUGUUUCUACUCGUGUCAUGGGAACAUAUGGUUAUGCAGCUCCAGAGUAUGUGAUGACAGGACAUUUGACAUCAAAGAGUGAUGUCUACAGUUUCGGUGUAGUUCUGCUUGAAAUGAUGACAGGUAGGAGAUCCAUGGACAAGAACCGGCCAAACGGGGAACACAACCUUGUUGAGUGGGCACGGCCACAUUUGGGUGAAAGAAGAAGGUUUUAUAAAUUGAUAGAUCCUAGACUUGAAGGCCAUUUUUCAAUAAAAGGCGCGCAGAAAGCUGCACAGUUGGCUGCACGAUGCCUUAGCCGGGAUCCCAAAGUCAGACCUAUGAUGAGUGAUGUGGUCGAAGCCUUGAAGCCUUUGCCAAACCUCAAGGACAUGGCCAGCUCCUCCUACUAUUUCCAGACGAUGCAAGCAGACCGAGUUGGAUCAAGCCCAAGCCCAAAUACAAGAAAUGUCCUUAGAACGCAAGGAUCAUUCUCAAGGAAUGGACAACAACAACAACAACCAAGAAGCCUAUCGAUUCCAAAUGGUGCUCAUGCUUCUCCAUACCGUCAUCAACUUUCUCAGAAUUCGCCAAAUCCAAAUGGCAAACCAUAGAAUUGGAUUCUGCAGUGAUCUGUUUUUACCAUUCUUUUCCUCAACCCUCUAUGAAUAUAUUUUGUUGUGCCAACAUUUAUGCUUGGGUGAUUGACAAGGGAAUAGGAGUACACAUCUUACAUGUUGUGAUCUAUGAGAGUGCUUAACUCCUUGAAAAGAGUGUGGUGUAAGCACCAUGGAGUAAAUAUAUUUGUGUCAGAUAAAUCACUCUUCCUAUUUUAUCUUCAGCCCACAUCAUAAGUGGAACUAGCAAAUAAAAGGGAAUUUUUUUUGUUA